CAAUCUUUACUACACCUUCAACGUGAUCAUCCCCUGCAUCAUCCUGUCCUGCCUCACUCUAAUCAGCUUUCUGCUUCCUCCUGACUCCGGUGAAAAAGUUACUCUUGGUCUUACAAUUCUGCUUGCAUAUUCUGUAUUCAUGCUGCUAAUAGCCGAGAAUAUGCCACCGACAUCGGAAUUCGCCCCACUUCUAGGUGAGCUACUUGGCUGCAUAUUUUGCUCAGAUAAUAGCUAA